UUGUUUACAGCCCCGGUGGUUGCUAAGGAAGAUCUAUGUAACAUAGCAACAAUUCAACACAGACGUAAAUGCUAAAUUAACGUGUACAAUUGGGCACAUAGAGAAGAGGAAACAUACGCUGGACUGACUGAAAGUGCGACCCAGGUGGAGGUAUAAACUGAAAGAGCCGUCAUGACCUCUGGGCUACUCAGUCAUAAAGAAAUGACUAGUGGAAACUACACCUUCUCCAGCCAUCCUAGGGUUGUGCAGAACCGCGGGAAAUACAGGGGUCUCCAACCUCCAGUUAAUGAAGAUGUCUUCAAUUAUGGCAAUAUCAUGUAUGACCGGAGGGUAGUUCGUGGCAAUACUUAUGCCCAGCACAUGACACCUUUGUCUGCUCAAUCAGAUCCAGUUGAGCUCCAGAGGCAGCAAGAAGCCCACAGAAGAGCUGUGGCAAAAAAGCGUGCCAGUGAUCUACUGAAAUCCAGAUCACCAGAGCCAGUAGAGGGACUGAAACAUAUAGAUGUCCAAACAGACUUAUAUUUGGAGGAACUCAGUGACCGGAUUGAGGAGAAGGAUAUAGAAUGCCAGACAGAUGCUUUUCUGGACAGACCUCCCACACCUCUUUUUAUACCAUCAAAGACUGGUGCUGAUGUUGCUACUCAGAUACUGGAAGGAGAGCUUUUUGACUUUGACCUUGAAGUUAAACCUGUAUUGGAGGUUUUGGUUGGAAAGACAAUUGAACAAGCUCUCCUUGAAGUGAUGGAAGAAGAUGAGCUGGCCACCUUGAGAUUACAGCAACGUGCUUUUAGAGAGCUUUGUGAUUCUGAACUUGCUGAGGCACAGCGUCUUGAAGAGCAGGAGAGAAGGCACAGAGAGGAAAAGGAACGCCGCAAAAAGCAGCAGCGUGAAAUGUUACUCAAGGGGAAGGAAACAGCAGAGAAAGUAGCGGCCCGUGCAUUUGCGCAGCAGUACCUUGAUGAUCUUAUUCCAUUUGUUUUCAGCAGCCUUAGAGACAAUGGAUACUUUUAUGAUCCCGUAGAAAGAGAUGUAGAGUCGGAGUUCAUGCCAUGGCUGAUGGAAGAAGUUGACAAAAACCUACAGAAGAAGAAUCUAGGAAGAAGAAUACUUGAUUCGGUAAUCCGUGAGGUGGUUGAUAAAAGAUUGAUGGAUUUUAAGAAAAUGGAAUCCCAAAGCCCGAUGUGAGCAGGACCAUCUUCACAAAACACUAGGCAUCCGCUAAUCCCAAGUGGUGAUGCGCCUGCAAUACUUCUUAACAUUUAAAUAUGAACCUGGUCCUUAACGAUAAAUACGGUAUUAUAUCAUAAACAUUUUGGAUUCUUUGGUUUGAAAGUGCUUGUCAUGAUAUUCCUGCAUGGAAUAUAUUGUUGAAAAGUCAUGAGAAAAUAUUAUAAUAAUUUAUUACUGGUUUUUCCCUCAUCACCUAUUUUCAAACUGGUAAAUUUUAUUAAAUGCGAUGUGAUGUGAUUACUUGAUGCUAAAAAUGUAAAGGGAAUUGUUGCUAUAAAUAUAAAUAAAUGCAUUUAACUGGU